ACAACUACAAUAAUAGUGUAGAAAUAGAAAUAGGACUUGUAGUUCGGAAGAAACGUGCUGUUCAAUUGUCGUGAUUUCAAUACCUGCAGUGCCCCUAUUGCAUACGUCAUUGGGGUAAGAUCUUCUGCACAUGUCUAGUCUGUAAAAAAUAACACACCCCUGUCAUUGUGGAUUCCCAUAAAGGGUGUCUCAACCCAAUAAAAAAAAUAAACAUAAAUAAAAAAAUCUGUGUGAUCUGUGGGUGGUGUUGAUGGUUUGUUGAUACGCGGGCUCUGCGAUGAAUUCGGUUGCUAUCUAGAAUUUGAAGUUGUGUAAAACAAUUGAUGUUGAAUCUAUGGUAACGAAAGUUUACUUUAUUAACAAACGUUUUAGGUAUUUCAUUUAGGUACUUCUAUCCAUACAAGAAACAUCGUUCCUGACUAGGGAUUAAAAUGGAAGCUGAAAGAGACCAGAAUAUUCUCAAUGCGGAGCAAGAACCGUGCUCCGAUAAUGAGUUGGAGCAGAAAUACGAAAUAGCCCAUGGUGACGAUUCUGUAUCCGAAGAAGGCCUCGAUGACACUGUGGAAGAACAGAGUCCGGAUCCGUCUGAACAAGGAGCAACAGACAAUAUGCUUCUUUCUGAAGCCGAAUUACCAGGAGCUAGCAAUUUGAAGAAACUCGAAAAGGAUAUUAAAAAAAUCGUGAAGAGUUACAUGAAAACUAUGAUCAGAGAAAGUCCAUUUCACGAUAUGGAACUGAUAUAUCCCAGGAAGAAGGUUAAAGUUGAAGAGUUGCCUGAACCAUAUGACGAAUGCAAUCAAGAUGGGGAGAAAGAUCCCACCUUGGAGGAUUCUCUAGAGGAGACGUUGGAUUAGAAAUUAAUGAAGAUGCGAAUUUCACCUUACAAAAAUAAAAAAAGAUGUAAAUUUUUUUACGUAACCUAAUAAUAAAACCAUUAUGAUAUAAGAUUAAGAUAUAAAAAGUUAUAAGCAUCUUGUUCGUUAAAAAUUUUAAUGUAGAUUCUAAUUACUUACCCGAAUAAACGCCAUUACAGAGCAAAAAA